GGCUAGCCCGAGCGCAGACAACAAAAGCAGACUUGGAUUGUCUCUUUCUCUCUGCAUCCACACCCUGUCCACACAGCACAUAAUUUGGUUUGUUUGACCUUCAAUUCUGACCAAUUAACCGAAGUAUGUUCCAAGAUAAAGAGCUGGAUUUUGGCCAUUUUGACGAAAGGGACAAGACACGUUACUCAAAGGGUUCAAGGAUGAAUGGUUUACCCAGCCCCACGCACAGUGCUCAUUGCAGUUUCUACCGCACCCGAACCUUGCAGGCCCUUACCACUGAGAAGAAAGCCAAGAAGGUCCGCUUCUACCGCAAUGGAGAUCGGUACUUCAAGGGCAUUGUGUAUGCAAUAUCUGCUGAUCGCUUCCGUUCCUUUGACGCUCUACUGGCAGACCUGACCCGAACCCUGUCUGACAAUGUGAACCUGCCACAGGGAGUUCGCAUUAUCUUUUCCAUUGAUGGGAUUGGGAAGAUUACCAGCCUUGAUGAACUGGAAGAAGGGGAGAGCUAUGUUUGCUCAUCACAUGACAUCUUCAAAAAGGUGGAUUACACCAAGAAUGUAAAUCCCAAUUGGUCUGUGAAUGUCAAAGCUUCUGGUACCCAGAAAGUGCCACAGUCCCUUGCCAGUGCCAAGCACAUGACUGAGGUCAAAGAAACUAAGGACUUUGUUCGCCCUAAACUAGUGACUGUUAUACGGAGUGGAGUCAAGCCACGGAAAGCAGUGAGAGUUCUGCUCAACAAGAAAACAGCACACUCCUUUGAGCAAGUCCUUACUGACAUCACUGAGGCCAUCAAGCUGGAGACUGGGGUAGUGAAGAAGCUGUACACCUUGGAUGGCAAGCAGGUGUCAUGUCUACAGGAUUUUUUUGGUGAUGAUGAUGUUUUCAUUGCUUGUGGUCCAGAAAAGUUCCGAUAUGCCCAAGAUGACUUUUCACUGGAUGAAAAUGAGGUGCGCAGAAGUCGGACGCUGGGAGGUUUUGAUGUUGAAUGCCGCGUGGUGAAAACAAACCCUGGUGGUAAAUCAGCUAAUGCCUCACAAAGGUCAACAGGCAAGAGCUCUGGAGCUUCACGUCGUAGUAAGUCUCCUGCCGACUCUGCUAAUGGAACCUCUAGCAGCCAGCUCUCCACUCCCAGGUCUAACAAGUCUCCAGUCUCAACACCCAUUUCUACACCAACCAGCCCAGGCUGUCUUCGCAAGCACAAGGACUUGUAUCUGCCACUUUCCCUGGAUGACUCGGACUCACUGGGUGACUCGAUGUAAACCAGCAGAGUGAGGGAGGGCUGGAAUUCUCCAUCUGAACCAGUGAGACUUGGAAAAGAAAUUCUGCCCAGUGUGCAGAGGUUAUUAAUCUUGGUGCUCACAAAUUGCCAAGUGACACCAAAAAAAAAAAAAAAAAUUGCCCUGUUUUUAACAGUUUGUCCUUCUCAUGAGAAACCUAGUAUCUUGGAAUAUCACUGCCUUUUUCUAAACAUCAGAUAUGAAGCACUGUGAGAAUAUUUCAUAAUAACACAAGCAGGUCUCUUGUACAUCACUUGUUCUUUGAAACUUAUAGUCCCUGGUUUUGUUUCUUAUUAAUGGUGCUGUGUGAUUUUCCAUUUCUCUUUGAUAUUUGAUGUGCAGUUAUUAUAUGCUUCAUUUAUAAAUCUGUUUUUAGUUAUUAAAGACCUCUGCCAGUUUUUUCUUUUUUAAGAAAAUCCUCUGCUGCGCAGACAUGUUUAACAUCUGAUUUGUUUAAAAAAGGAGGGAUAGAAAAAAAAACUCCAAAAAAAUCAUUAAAUAAGACUCAAACAUUUAGUUUAAAAUUAAAAUAACAUUGAUUUGAGAAUGGGGAAGUAAUUUGAGAAAAAAACAGCUUAAUAAGACUAAGACAUUAAUUUUCUAAAAUUAAAUUUGAUCACAUUUGUUUCAUACUUUUUUUAGUAACAAAAUGAUUCUGAUUCUUGCUUUAUAUGACAUUUUGAAUGGAUAGAACUAUUUAGGAUUAGAGUGAGACAGCAAAUUUACAUUUUACUAAUAAGAACAAGGUGUUCUUGCGCUUUUUCAUUUGUGAAUGUGUUCACUGUGCAAUUAUCCAAACCAGUUUAUAAGUACUGAAUAGCAUUAAUAGAUUACUUGUAAAACAUGGUGGUGAAGGUUUUUCUUCGAAGACAGAUUUGAUAGGGAAAAGGGAACAUUGACUUGCCACUGGAUUAGGAUUAGUUUGGAAUAGACUUGCCAUGCAUGAGACUUAUCUUGUGCUCUUUCUUGAUUUAUAAUGGAUAAUUACAGCCUUGUUUGAUUUGGAGUGGCACUUAGCUUGCAGCCUGAUGUUGCUCUGAUGUGGACUUCAAAUCUCAAUACUCUGUGAUUUCUUUCAUUUCACUAGCCGAGCCUGGAAGGUCCAAAAUGAAUAUUCUCCAUGUCGUUGUCCGGCUGCGGAAUAUCUUAAAAUGCUGUCUGCUUUUUGUUUUAUGCACCCCUCCCAAUCAACAAAGAAAGGCUCUGUACUAACAUGGGUUUCCCAGUGCUGUGAAUUCCACCCCGUUUAACAUUACAGGUUGGAUCCUGUAGCAUCAGCUAGGCAGUCCUGUGCUUGGCAAUUGUUUGAAUAUUGUGGCUGCACUCCACCAUUAGCCGGAAAAAAAUAGUGGCUGAAAUGGAUUGCUUGAUAGAAGUAAUGUUGCAAGUCAACAUAUUGUCUACUGAUAGUAUAACUAGACGACAAUCCUUUACCAGGGAUAUCAAUGUGCCACAGUAAAAAAACUAUUGCCAGCUGGCAUUUCAAAGCAUCUAUCAUUUAAUACCUCUCCAAAAUGAAGUAGUAUUGUUACAAAAAAAAUUGUCAAUUAAAAUAAUGCAGAGUGGGAUGGUGGGUAGGGUAGAGCAAAUGCAGUUAGGUUUAUAAUUGGUAAACUUUGACCUCUCAUUGUUCCUUAAACACUUGGAUCUUGCAUAAUUUUCUGGCCAUUCCUGAAUCUGUCAACAUUCUUUAUCUGUUCAAAUGUUAGUUCAAAUCACCAAACCCAGUUUAAUAAUUCAGGAAGUUGCCAUGCAUGUUAUUUUGAGAAGAUUACGGGGGCUAUCAUCACAUUUUUUUUGCAGAAUUUUAAUGGCACAGAUGGAGGCCUUUCAGCCCAUUGUGUCAG